AUGAACUUAUUUCCCUUGCUGCAGUCUCAAUACAGUAUUGAGAAUAUGUCUGCUCAGACCGCUCCUACAAUCGUCAUAGUUAAUGAAACUAUUGAGACUCCUAAUACGGCGUCUGCUAAAACUACAGCAGUAUAUGCUUCUAUUGAGACUCCUAAUUUGGCGUAUGCUCAGCCUACAACAGUCACAGCUUCUACAAUUGAUCAAGAUCCCUCUACCGUCCAUGAUAACCGCAGUAAGAUAACUGAGCCUGAUUUGGUUCUAAUAGGUUUGGGGUUUGGCUCAUUGAUCUCUACCCAAGGAGAAGAAGACCUCCGACAAUGA